AUGGAGCUGAACGCUGUGCAUUUGCUGCUGCUGCUUGGGCUUAGCUGUGGCUGUCCACCCGGACAGAAUACGGCGGAUGAAGAACUGGCGACAAAUUUGAGUAAAUCAAUGCAAAUGAUAUUUGCACAGACCUGUGAGGCCCACGACAUGAGCGUCUUCAUCAGCACCAGCUACAAGAGUCAACUGCCACGGGGGGAGCGACGCCUGGUGGAGCGCGUGCUGACGCACUGCCUGGGCGCCAUGGUGCCCCGCGUGCUGGGCGAGCGGCUAGAGGAGUCAGUGGGCCUGCGCACACAAAUGCUGCUGUUCUUUGUGCCGGAUGCCAGACAGUUCAUCGCGGCCAGCAAUCGCAAUCCGCGCAUGAACAUGGCUCACAAAUACAAAUACCUCAUCGUGCUGAUGGCUGGGCGAGCUGACGCCGCCUGGCAGCGGGCGCAGAUGAGCCAGAUCUUUGGGUAUUUGCUGCACCAGCGCUACAACGUGCACGUGCUGCUGCUGCUGGCCGAGCUGCGGGCGGGCAGAGUCAGCAGCUACACCUACUAUCCGUACUCUGGUGCUCGCGGCUGUGAGGAUACGCAGGCGCUGCCUGUGCCGCUGCAGCAGGCGCGCCUCUACCAGAUCUAUCCACAGAAGCUGCACAAUCUGCACGGCUGUCCCCUGCACGUGGUCGUCUGGCAGAUACGGCCGUACAUGCGGCUGCAUAUGGAGCGAACGCGGCCCAGCGAUCGAAUCUCUGGCAUCGAUGCCGACAUACUGAAGGUGCUGGCGAGCAGGCUGAACUUCAGCCUGGCCCUGGUGGCCAAUGAGCCGGCGGAUUUGAUUGGCGGCGUCAGCUACAUGAACGGCACCAUGACCGGCGCCUUCCACAUGCUCCAGCAGAGACGGGCGAAUCUUACGCUCGGAUUUGCCGCCUGCAUGCCGGCUCGCUACAAGCAUCUGUCCAGCACGCUGCCCUACAGCCAGGUGGAGUAUGUGCUGGUGCUGCGCACGGCUCGUCCGUACAGCGUCUACGAGAUCAUGCUGUUUCCGUUCGACUCGCGCGUCUGGCUGCUGGUGCUUGCGCUGGCUGCACUGCGUCUGCUGUGCUGGGAGAGCGGCUGGCGUCGCGUUGCACUCCUCGAUCUGGCCUGGAUUCUGGCGGUCUUCAUGCUGCGCAUGUGCUACGAGAGCUCCGUCUUUAUGUUCCUCUACAAUGCACCGACUCGCCCUCUGCCUGACAGCCUGGAGCAGGCGCUCGUGCAGGAUUACCAAUUCAUAACGGAUCAUGCCACGUACCGCAUGACAGCUUCGCUGCCCGCGCUAAGGGCACGCACUCGCAUCCUGCCCGGCCAACCGGUGGACAUGCUCGAGCAGCUGCAGGCCCAGCCGGAAUGGCAGCGAGUCGCCACCAUCAGCACGGCCAGCUUUGUGGCCGACUAUCUGGGCGGGCAGCGGACGAAGCACCACCGACUCGUUCUGGCCAGCAACAAGAUCGUGGACAACAUGAUCUGCGUGCACUUCCCGAUGGGCUCCUACUUGACCUCCAAUUUCAAUCACAUGCUGUUCCUCAUGCGCAGCUCCGGCAUUGGACCGCACAUCGUCAAUCGGCUCAAGUCGUCGCAUCUGGCCACCUCCAUGAGCGCUCGACUGAAUCCCCUGAAGCACUGCGCCGACUAUGUGGCUCAGUUCAAUGAGUGCAUGCGUUUCAUCUAUGCCGCCCUCAAUUGCCUCCUGUUUGCCCACUCCCUGGCGCUGGUCAUCUUCCUGCUCGAGCUAUUCAGUGGACACGAACGCAUGCGCUGGCUAUCUAGGAUUUUGGAGCGGCUGUAA